AUGAAAUUGAUCAUUGUCGCCCUCGCCUUCGUGGCUGUUGUCGCCGCUGUCCCCGCUGUUGAGCAACAUCCCAUUGCGAUUCUUCGCGCAGAAUUUGAACACGAUCCUAAGGGUGGCUACUUUUACAAUUAUGAAACCGAAAAUGGAAUCCAACGUGUCGAGCAUGGUGAAGUAAAGGAAGUUGCUGACGAGGAUAAAAAGAUUCACCCCGUUGUAGUAGUCCGUGGUUCUUACUCAUACACCGAUGAAAACGGCAAGCCCGAAAUCAUCAACUACGUUGCUGACGAGAACGGUUACCGCCCUGAGGGAGACUCCAUCCCCAAGGCCCCAACCCCAUCCAAGAGAUAA